UUUGUUUUUAGAAAUCAUCUUUCAUUGACCGAGUUUGCCUUUUUAUUUUUUAAAAGUAAUCUCUAUCCCCAACAUGGGGCUUGAACUCACAACGCCAAGACCAGGAUUCGCAUGUUCUACUGCGUGAACCAGCCAGGCGCCCCAGAAGGUUGCCCUUUGAAAGUGGGAGGCGGGCCCAGAGCUCAGGAAGGGGAAUUUGGGAGAUGGGGGGUGGGGCAGCCCGAGAUUGUCAUGCUGUGUCUGAUGUCCGUAGCGUAGAGCCAGCUCGGAGCAGGCGCUCCACAGCUGUGCCCCGUGGCAUUGCCACCGUGUUCCCUCUACCCUUGCCAGGGAUCCGGAUCCGUGGCCCUGAGGCUGUACGCAUCCAGUCCUGCAUCUGACCCUCUGUUUUCACUGCUGCUCUGAGGCUCCUGGGUGAGGGACCAGCUCCCAGCCCGGCCCGUCCUGAUGCAGGGCCUGUGGCAGAUCAGACACAACCUGCGUGUGUUGAGUAAAUAAGUGAAAUCGGAUACAUCUACCAGUUUGGUGCAGCUGACAAAGGUUGCUACGCUGACACCUCUUACAGUACAGUGAGUGAUGACCCUGAGGGAGGGGCCACCAUCCGAUAUUUUGAUAUCAUCCAUUUGAUAUUGAGUGCUUUUUAUGUGCAAGGUAGCCUUGAAAUACACUCAUGAAAAUCUCUGAGGUGCCGUCCUUCCCUCAUGGAGCUUCCCAUCUAGAGAUGCGGGUAAAACACUACCUCUCCCAGACACAGUGUAACCAGAUUUGAGGUAAAAGAAUGGCCAACUCCUUUGCAUCAAAGACCUUCACGGCACUUGCAGAUCUGUAUCCAAAUAUGGCUAACCUGAAAAUAAUUGGUAUAGUUAUUGGGAAAACAGAUGUCAAAGGCUUUCCAGACAGAAAAAAUGUUGGAUCCGAGAGGUACACUUUCAGUUUUACCAUUCGGGACUCACCAGCCCAUUUUGUAAAUGCAGCGUCCUGGGGCAGCGAAGGCUAUAUCAGAUCUCUUUCUGACAGCUUUAGGAUUGGAGAGUGUGUGAUCAUUGAAAAUCCUCUCAUCCAACGAAAGGAAUUAGAAAGAGAAGAAAAAUUCAGCCCGGCAACUCCUGGCAACUGUAAACUAUUGCUCAGUGAGAAUCACUCCACCGUAAAAGUUUGUUCCAGUUAUGAAGUGGACACCAAGCUCCUUGCUCUGAUAUACUUACCUAUUAAAGAGUCUCGUGAUUACUAUUCACUGGGUGAUAUUGUUGCAAAUGGACACAGUCUGGAUGGAAAGAUUAUUAACGUGCUUGCAGCUGUGAGGUCGGUUGGAGAACCAAAAUACUUUACAACUUCAGACCGAAGAAAAGGCCAGAGGUGUGAGGUGAAACUCUAUGAUGAGACGGAGUCUUCUUUUACAAUGACAUGUUGGGAUAAUGAAUCUAUUCUAGUUGCACAGAGCUGGAUGCCACGAGAAACAGUAAUAUUUGCCUCAGAUGUAAGAAUAAGUUUUGACAAAUUUCGGAACUGCAUGACAGCAACAGUAAUCUCAAAAACCAUUAUUACAACUAAUCCAGAUACACCAGAAGCUAACAUCCUGUUGAAUUUUAUAAGAGAGAAUAAAGAAACAAAUCCUCUGGAUGGUGAAAUCGACAGUUAUCUGAAAGAUUCCAUAAAUUUAAAUGCAAUAGUUGAUGUCUAUACAGUUGAACAAUUAAAGGUAAAAGCUUUGAAGAAUGAAGGGAAAGCCGACCCUUUCUACGGGAUUCUUUAUGCUCACAUUUCUACACUGAACAUUGAUGGUGCAACCACAACUGUCAUUCGACGCCGAUGCUCGGGCUGUGGAUACGUUAUGAAGGAAGCAUCCGGCACCUGCCCUACUUGCCACCGAGAUUCUUUGGAACUUAAAUCUGUUUUUCUCAGCUUCCACUUGCUAAUUGAUGUCACUGACCACACAGGCACCCUCCAUGCCUGCAGCCUCACGGGAGGUGUUGCAGAGGAGACUUUAGGCUGCACGGUGAAUGAGUUUCUUACAAUGACGGAUGAACAGAAAACAGCGCUGAAGUGGCAGUUUCUUCUGGAGAGAAGCAAACUUUACUUAAAAUUCUUUUUAUCACAUAGAGCAAGGGGUGGACUGAGAGUUAGCGUGCUCUCUUGUAAGCUUGCAGACCCUACUGAGGCAAGCAAGAACUUGUCUGGACAAGGAAAUACUUAAAACAGGGUGUUUUAAACUCUGAACAAGGAUAUGAGCUUCGACUCCCUGGAAAGUGGAAAACGAGUUUGAAGAUUAUGGAUGAAAUUGUAUUUUGUUCAAAUGUGGUAAAAAAUGUUUCUAUAAAUUGUUAUUAUGUUACCUUCUGCAGUUGGUUGAGAGGGGUGAAUCUUAAAAUCUCUCAUACAACCCAGCUCCUUUGUCAGAAGUCCUUUUCUUCCAGCUUUGCCCAAGUUGGAAAACGUUUGCAUGAAUUAAUAAACAAGUUUAA